UUGUGCCUGUUCAGUUUCGAUCGUUCGCAUCUCAUCGUAUACUGAUAGGAAUGAAUAACCACUAAACAGGAGUGCUUUCUUCAUGAAAAACGUCGUCGAGCAAAUCAUAAACCUUCUCCAAGUGCUGGAUCAUCAAACACGUAGCUGACUCGAUCGUCAUAGAUGCAAGACGGAGUCUCGGACGCAACGUUGGCAUUUCAUCUUUCUGGACAUGCCAUGGUUUUUUCGAUCGCUCGCUGCAUGCGUCUGCCUACUCGUUUCAGUCGCCGUGAUGCACCUCGUUUAUCUCCGGGAACUACUUUAUCUUACUUUGUUAUGGAUGUGUCAGGAUCGAAAUCGACAAAAUCGAAAAACUUGUAAUGCAUAAAACGCAGGGCACUGAAAGCCUGUAUUGGGGAGCAGGCAAAUGAGACCGAUUGUAAGCCUGUUCACGGGUGUGCAAUGUGCUGCCGGAGUAGCAUGACAGGAGCAGUCUUCUUUGCCCAAACAGCAUGACAGACUGGAUUUGGGUGCUCGCGAAAUUUGUCAUGCGCCACUUGGAAACUGAGUCUCCAACUGGCAUCGAUCUUGUGCAUCGCAAAUUUUUCGAUUUUGUCAAUUUCGAUUCUGACACAUCCAUAUUUGUAGGCGAACUCGAACCGCUACCACGUUGAAUUGUAGUGAUCUUGCAUCCAUCGCCUCCGCCUAAAGACAAUGCACAAUUUUAUUAUUUACCGCAAAAAUAAAACUCGGAUGACAAGAACACAGGCUAUGCAGUGAGUCACGGGGCCUCUUCUGUCUGCAUGAUGUGUAAGUUACUAAUGUAGGUUUUAUUGUCAGCAGACUACGCUAGCACGCUCGGGUUCAUCGUUUUGGCACCACAUUUGGGAGAUUGUGGACAUCAUCCACGGAAUAAUUGAGGAAGGCAACGACCUUUUCGCAUAUUUUGCCUCCACCAAAGGGAUCGAACAUUAUCGCCCCAUUCCGAAUCCGCAGGCGUUUCUUGCCUGGGGUGGCGAAUCCAAAAGGAAGUUUUGCUUCCUGGUGGAAAAGGCAGAGACUCUAAUCCGUGCGGCGAGCGGGCACGACCUGGAGGACGGACGACGGCAGCACCACUCCUCGAAGGUUUAUUUGCAGUUUCGGCAGUAUCGCGGCCUGGCGUUCUCGAGGGUUGCACCGGGGGAAAUCGUUGGUAGUGGCGAAUACCAAGCGGAAUAUUUCGAUACUGUUGAACACGAGCGGAGAACUAUCCAAUGCUGUGUACCUUAAAGGAGUAGAGAGGGUGUCAUCGACCGAAUUUCUUUGGUUGGAUGUGUAUGUAACCGGCUAGGGCGACAUCGUUGCCUAUGAUCUCCGAAUGCAGCGGCCCGGAUUGAUCAAGUCACUGGUGCUGGUAGUUGUGAAGGAGGUUCUGGAUGAUCUGGGACGUGAAUCCUCCACGCAUUUUAUCGUGAAUAGUAGGGUGCUGAACAAAUAAGGCACAGAUUGAUAGUACCGAUAGGCAUGUAUGUAAUAGAUUUUUAUGGGAGAUGAACAACAGCAUGUGAAGAAUUGUGUCGAUGCAUGCGUUUUUUCAAGGCUGCCACCCUCCUUCUAUACUCGUCAUGGUCUGGCCGCAGGGGUAUGCGGAGCACUAUAUCUGCCAACACAACGUUCUUCCUACGGAGCGUUUUUUUCGGUUUGUAGUGCAGUUCGCGGAGGAGCACGACUUGCCAUUGUCGCGACCACAGGAAAUAAGUCAUGAAGGAAAGGCGGCAGGUUCCACCACCUGGGAAGAUGCUGCAGAGCGAACAUCCAGAACGCAAGCAGCUGGCCUGCCGCCGCCACCUGCUUUUCACCCGGAAGCGCCAGACGCAUUGUUCGGUGAAUUCGCGGGCAGCCAAGAAACGCGCGAUGCGGAGACAGAAAAGCGUGCUAGUGGUACUGUCGGUUCAGAGACUCGGCGCGUAGUCCUGGAGGGUUUCUGGAAACCUUGACGCUGAGUGGGUCGUUGUUUCUCGGGACGGAGACUUGAUGUUUCUGGACAAAGUGCACAAACGGCUGUUUUGCAGCGUACGAGGCACAGUGGUGUGCCGAGAAAGUAAGUUCUUCGAGCGCGGCACGUCAAACAAUGAAUAGAGACUUCGAUGCACAGCACUUGCUGAUUGGCUUUUUUUAGGUUUUUCAACAUAGCAAAUCAAAAAGGUGCAAACAAAGUGUCUGAUGCGGAGAUCCACUUGAAGCUGCAGAGGAGCUUCUUAUUGAUCUAUAGUGGCUU